CUUAUGUGAAACACUGUUCGAGCUGGUUACUUUUUGUUACCGUACUAUUGGAAUGUACCAUUUGAAUUUGUAUCUCGCGUUGCGCUGUGUCCACACUAGAGACAUAGACAUUUAGCCAUUGGCAGUUCUUGGGAUAUUGGACGAGUUUGUGGUUAUUUUCGACACUGGGCUGAAGAAAUCCCAGCGAUGAUUGGCUGUCGAAGCUGAGACUCGACAAGACAGAGGAUCUUGAACUAGGUGCUAUUCUGAAAGUUCAACUGGCUGUAUUGUAUUGGUGCUGAAGACGUGUCGAGGGUCUUCCUUAGUGUUGGCGUGUGGCCUUCUCUGUGCUGCGGUGGAGGGCUUCACAGACGCAGCUAGUGUGGCUGGAUGCAUCACGCAGUAGAGCAGUUUGGCGGGCGUGGCACACGGGACUCCUUCCCUCUGGACGGACUCAGCCGGGGAACAUGGGCUACCGUGGGCGGCCACGUCACCUGGGCGCCACCUGCCAGGUGUCCGCCAGGUGUCAAUCAACACCAGCUCCUACCCCAUCUACCGCCCAGUCACAUGGGUGGACUGAACCACCCCGGMAAAUUCUUCAAUAAUGGGCCCGUGCAGGUGCGUGGCGGUGAGAAGCAGGAGCUGGCCCAGGCCAUGUUACCUGGCCUCCAGAGAGCGGACCAGCAACGCCUCCCUCCUCCCCCUCACAGGGCGUGGGAACAGCCGGGUCAGAUGUACGAGUCGCCCGCCCAUCCCCAUCCAUCCGUGCCCCUGCCCAGCGACCACGCGACCCGUCUGCAUGGCGGGUAUAGCCCCGGGCCUCCCGCCAACCUGCCCCCCAGGCCCAAUCAGCUACUGAAGUAUGUGGACCCUCAGGAGCAGCAUCUUCUCAGGGGUCCGAUAUCGCUGGGUGACGAUAUGUGGGCUCAGGUGCAGCAGAGGGGUUACCCAGGGAAGAUGUUGGGAGGGCAGCUGAAGAGACCGGCCCCCCCUCUCGGGGAGUACUCGGUCAUCCGGCACACCCCGCCCCCCUCCCUGCACCCCUCUCGCCCCAAUGAGGACUGCCCCAGUCCUAGCAAGAGGAAGAGGAGCUCUGAGCAGGUUCUUCACCCAGGCAUACAGAGGUUCCCUGGCCCAGGAGGGCACCCCCUGCCCCCACAGCAGCAGCCCCCGUCCCACUACCCCCCUCCUCCACCCAAACCUGCUUUCUGGAACCCCAUGCACAAGGCGAGUGGCGCCGCCUGGGCCCAGCCCGAACGCAAGAACGGGUCCCCUGAGUUCCAGGUCCGAGCCGAGUCGGUCAAGUCCUGCAUGGGCGGCUACACCUACAAGCCUCCCGCCCCCUCGCCCAUCUCCCCACCCCUCACCUCCUCCCCGGGAGGCUACCCUCAGAGGCACAGCGGGCCCCACCCACCCCACAAGCCCUCAUUCUCACCUCAGGCCCUCAAUCAACCCCCCCACAACAACCCCCACAGCUCUCACCCGCAGUACCCUAAACAACCAGCCCCGCCCCGCAUUGGGAUGGAGCCCAGGGGAGGUCCUCCUACCCCCCAGAGAGGCCCUACCACUGGGGGCCGAGGAAUCAACAACCAGCCCCUCUCUCAUCCUCCUCACCACCAAGCUCCAGCAAGGGGGGACAGUAGAGGAGAAAGGGACAGUAGGGAGCCCCCCCAACCCUCACCAGCAAACCACACCGGCGUGCCUUACAGCCACAACCCCCACCCCCACUUCCAGCCCCACACGGCCCCACAACCCCGUCCUCCUGCCCCUGCCUGCAGCACCGCAGUACCUCAGCAGCACAACCCCACUCCCCCCCACCACGAGGCCUGGAGACCCCAGGGACAGGGUCAGGGCAGGCCACAAAACAACCACCCCAUGGAGUCGGGUCACUACAGGGCAGGGCUGGUACCUCAGGGGCAGCAAAACCAGGCUGGGGAGACCCGGGGUCCCGCGUCCCUCCAACACCAUCAGCACCCCCACAUCAGAACCCCCGUCAUCAUCUCCACCCCCCAGGCCUCCUGCUCACAGUCACAAAACAACCGCUACAACAACAGUAGUAGUAUUACUGGACCUGCACUCUCCACUGUGACCACAGCACCACCUGCUGUGUGUUCAGCUAACAGCACCUGUAGGAGAGGCAGGGAGACGAUGUCACUGCCCCACCAGUCCUCAGCUGCGUCUCAGCUGGCGAGAGACCCAGAGAGGGGCCCCAUCCACCCCAUGCUGCACCCAGGGUAUCAGGGAGCCCACGCGGGCACUGCCAACCACCCACACCGGGCGCCACCCAGGCCCCAGCAGCAGCAGUCCCCUAGCCAGCACCACCAACAGUCUGUCCAGGGGAAGUCUUACUACGGACGGUCUGAUCCUGAUGGCACUUUGUUCUCCUCUUCAUCCUCCUCCUCGUCAUUCUCAGGACACCAGAGGGCAGGGGAGAGCGUCAUCACCAGCAGGGGGUCUCACCCCAGACCCCUCACCCAGACGGAGGUCACUAGCUCGCCCCUGCACCGCCUCAUGCCCGCCCCCCAACCCCACACUGUCAGCUCUGCCACUCAGCCAGCCUCCAGCCCCUCCUACUCCAGACUCUGUGCCCAGCCUGCCCCCCAGGCUACCACCACCUCAGCCAAGGGGUAUCUAAAUUCUCGACCCCAGCCACCUCCACCAUCAGCCCCCCAGUCCAUGGAGGAGGCCCUGGAUAAACUGGAUGCUGAGCUGCAGGGUCAUAUGCAGGCUGAGGAGAGGAGGGAGAGGGAGCAGGAGGAGAGGGAGCAGGAAGAGCGGAAGAGGGAGCAGGAAGAGCGGAAGAGGGAGCAGGAGGAGAGGGAGCAGGAAGAGCGGAAGAGGGAGAGGGAGCAGGAAGAGCGGAAGAGGAGGGAGCAGGAA